UUAAGCGUGCAUGCCUGAAAGUGGUAUCAGAACACCGUCCAAAACCGUGUUUAUUGUGAAAUUCGUCCAAUUUUUUAUCUUUUUUUAUUCAACAACAUGAUAGGUUAACAUAUUGGAUUUUGUCAUUGACCAAUUUGUUGAUAAAAACGCUUCCGAAAAGAAGAAAACAGCUGCCUUCUGAUCCGUCCCAUGUAGAACGGCGCCAUGAGUGAUGAGGGAGACUUCUACGUCUCCCAACUCAGGGAGGUGUUCAACGACUGUGACCGCACCAAGACCGGGGUGCUGAACCGGGGUGAGCUCAAGGAGCUGUGCUGUAGGCUGCAGGUCGAGGAGCAGAGUGAGAUCCUGGUGGAGCAGUUGUUCCCCGAAUCUGAUUCCGCUGCUCGGAUCAGUUUUGAGGAGUUUAAAGAAGGGUUUGUUGCCGUCCUGUCUCAGGCGGUCGACAGCUUGCCAAGUUCAGAGAAUGAGAUGUGUGUCGACCAAGAUGAUCCUCCGGUCUCACCUAAAUUAGUCAAAGGUGAGAAACGCUACGGACGGCGGUCAAAACCCGACUUCACUGGUGCUGAUACAGACAACGACAUUGCCACUGACUUCUCCGAUAACGAUAGCUACCACUCGCCACGCCAGACGCCAAGGUUAAAGAAACAGUUCAGGGAAACACUGCCAUCUAUUGACAGUGAAAUGGAUAAUAAGAAGAAAGAGAGUAUAGGUCCGAGUGAUAAGGACAAAGAGAAGGAGAAGACAUUAGAGGAAGAUAAGAAGAAUGCUUCAGCUUCGCCAAAACCUGCUGCUUCGCCAAAGCCUGGUGCUUUGCCUAAACCGGCUGCUUCACCAAGACUAUCGCCAAAAUCAUCUCCGAAACCAUCUCCAAAACCAUCGCCGAAGGUUGACCCUAAGAUACAAGAUGGUAAAGGGAAGUCAGGCGAGAAGAGGUCGGCUCCCCCUCCCCCACCAAGUCCGUCCAAAGGUACUCCAAAGCCGCCAGAGAAAAAGAAGGCGAAGGAAGAACUGCACCCACCUAAAGAGGCCGAAACCUUUGAGGCAGAAGGUCAAAUGAACAAGUCUAUCUCGGCGAUGGAUACUACAAUGGACCCGAUGUCUGAGGAGGAUCACCUCCGUGCCAUAUGGAAGGAGUUGGGGGUGGGGAAGGGGGGUUACCUCACCAUGGAGGAGCUGGCUGCCGUCUGUGAACACAUAGGCAUGGAAGACAUGAACCGUGAGGAACUCAAUCAACUUUUCGAUAACCUCGAUAGCGAUGGUGACGGACACGUCAGUUUUGACGAAUUCAUGAACGGUCUCUUCCAACACGGCCCCGCGCACAGUACGACUCCUACCCGCGCUGCUUCGACCCCGCCCCGUCCCAUAUCGUCUCAAAAGAAACCCCGCCUUCACACAAGCUUCGAUGGAGCAUCAACACCCGCGGCAGUCACAGCUGGUUCUGGACUUUUCUCACAAAUAGAUCCCGAGGGUUCUGGGUAUGCUCGACCAGAUAGAGUAGUGGAUUAUUGGGACCGUUUAGGCUUACACGAAGGAAGUGCCAUUUUACGGCACUUAGAUUUCGACCUCCACUCCAAGCUGAAUCUCUCCGAGUUGUCCUUUGCCUUGGACCAGGAGCUGUCACAUGCCGACCCUGGCAAUGCUUCCUACCAGGCUGCAGUAUUAUCCUACCAACAUGAAAUGAAAUAUGUCAAAUCAAACUUAGAUCACGUGACGGGUGAACGUGACAAGCUCAAACAGGAUCUCCACGAGGCGAACACGAGGAUAGGUUUCCUUGUGCGAGAGGGAGAUGAGCGCCAUCAGAACAUUGAGAAAACAAAAGAGAAGGAGAUAGAGUUUGCCAGUACCUUAGUGGAAAUAAGUGAUGCGUAUGAAUCUGUUGAGCGGAGAUAUCAAGAUCAACUCAAGAGCCUGCAAGUCGAGGCAGAACGUGAAAACGAGAGGCACUUGGCAGAGAUGGCCCAGCAACGCAAGAGUAUGGAGAACGUGAUAAUUGGUCUCAAAGAAGAGGAGACACGCCUCAAGGAUAAGGUCAUUGAACUCAACGGGGACUUGGACAGGUUAGAAGCAGAGUUGCUUGAUUCCACAGAGCGGCUGGCCGACACUGAACGGUUAUGUUCGAAACAGCAGCGGGAGUUGGAUGGGGUGGCUGCCCUUCAUAGAAAGCUCGCGUCAGAAAAUAAGGCCAAAGAGGAGAUGAGAAAGAUUGAAGAUUUAGAAUCAAACAAAGAUUUGCUUACUCAAGAACAGCAAGAGUUCUAUGCAGAGAAGAUAGAGACUUAUCAGCAUGAAAACAAGGAAUUACGAGACAAGAACGACGAACUGACAAUCGAAAUCGAGAAUCUCCACCAACAUCUUCAAUCGCAGAAACGACGACAAGCGAAAACUCAGAAAGCAGACGAUCCAAGUGCCAUGAGUCACAGGGAAACAGAAAACUCCGAUGAGGAGAUCCCUCCCUCUAUAGCGAGUGUAGACGGUUUAAGCUUUCGGGAAGAGGAAAUGCUCAGUUCGAGGCUACGGGAUGACAUCGCCGUCAUCAAGAGCGAACACGAGUACGAGAUGGCCCAGUUACAUCAUCGGAACGCCCACGAUCACAAGUCCGUCGAGGAGAAGUACAAGAAGGAGAUUUACGACAUCGAGAAGGCGCAUAAGCAUGAGAAAAAUCGGUUGCUUCAGGACUUUCGGUUAGAAAAGGACCAGAUGCUGGACGACUUUGAGCUACAGAAGGCAGACAUUGAGUCAAAGCUGCGGCGGGAUAUGCUUGACUCCCACACUAGGGAGCUGGAGAAACACCAGAAGAUCUUUCAGUCGGAAAAACACCAGCUUGAACUCAGGCAUGUGGAGGAGAAGAAUAAGACCGCAAUGAAGUAUAAGAAAGAAUACGAAGACGAGCUUCAAAUCCGAUUGGACGGUUUAAAAUCUGCCGUGAAUCGCCAACGCGAGACGGACAGCAAUGAAAUGGGCCGUCAGCUGUCGGACAUCGAGUUGCAAGGCCGCCUGCAGCAGGAGGAGAUGAGUUUGCAGUUCAGCCGAGAGAUGGCAGCGCUGAGGGAUCGGUUUAACGAGGAGAAGGCAAGGCAGGCGGAACUGCACAGGAUGGAGAUACAGGAAUAUGAGGACAUGUUUGAAAAGGGUGAAGAGGCCCUCAAAGGGAAACUCCGCGAAGACUUCAACGUAAUCAUCGACACGGUCAAGGAAGAUAUCAGGCGGGAAGAGAAGAUCAAACUGAUGGAUGAACAUCGGCGGGAAAAAGAUCGUCUGAUUGAGACACAUGAAAUGGAGCAGGCCAGACUUUCUGAACACACAAGUGAAGCGUAUACUGAAGAAAAACGAGAGAUGGAGGAGAAGUAUCGAGAGAGGAUAUUCAAACUUGAGGAGAAGUUACGCCAGCAUGAGGAGGGGCUGCGGCGGCAACUCGAGGAUGAGUAUGAGCACCGUGUGUCUGACUUGAAGAAUGCCUUCAAGGAUGAGAUGAUGGAGAUCGAAGAACACAAGCGCAUGUUGGAGAAUGAGAUCGACGAGUUACGUCACACGAGUCAUCUCGGAGAACAGUAUAAGAAGGAACUCGAUGAGAUCAAGAAUAGGCAUAGCAAGUUACAGGAGGAUUAUAGAAAGGUUGACAAUAAUUUAAUGGAAAUGAUGGUCGAGAAAGAGGAAGCUAUCACUGCCGUGAGAGCGGAGAAAUCAUACGCCGUCAAUGAACUUUCGUCGAAGGAAAAGGCUGCCCAGAACCUAUUACAUGACCAAAGGCAUAUGUGCAAUAGAUUGGAGGAAUCAAAUCACCGCCUGUCCAAGGAGAAGGAAAACCUUGAAGAGUCUGUCGCCGAUUUGAAGAGGAAACUCGAUGAGUAUAACACAGCAUUAGAAGUGAAGAACAUUGAGGCAGAGAACAUGAAGAGAACCAAUGAUAAGUUAAUCGAAUCCUUAGAAAGGACGACAAAAAAUGCCGACUCGAUGAUGAAAUUAGCUGAGCAACAGAAGGAAGAGAAUAAACAGCAGAAGGAUGAGAUAACGGCCGUUCAAGAUCAAAAUACCUUGUUAGAAAGUCAAAGCAAUCAGUUACAGCGGGAGCUGGAUGACCUCCUAACAGAAGUCACAACGAUUAAGGGCUCCCUCGACAAGCUGGAGAACGAGAAGCACGCUCUAGAGCACCAGUACCUGGACGCCCAGAAGAAACUUCAUCUCAAUAGCGAUGAGGUCGAGCACAUCAAGUAUGAGGUAACAGACUUGAGAGAGGAAAAUUCCUUGCUGAAAAGAUCCAAGGAUCGUAUUGAAACAAGUCACCAGGAUAUUUCCAAGAUGGUGGAAGGGACGGACAAAAUGAUGCGACGGUUGGAAGACCAGGUCGACGAGUUGAAAACAAAGAAUAAAUCAGUCGAGACUGAGCGGGAAUUGAUUGAGAAGGAUAACAAGGAGUUGAGUGACAGGCUGCAGGUCGCUAGCCUCGUCAUCCAGGAGCUCCAGGGUGACCUUGAGACGGUCAUGGCCGAGAACGAUUACCUCAAACAACACAGAGAGAAGGGCGGACGGGAUUACGGCAAAAUAUACAAAGAGACGGCGAUAGAGUUGGAUCAGACCAAGGCGGAUCUGGACCGCGCCAGAAAAGACCGGGAUGUCAACCUCCGUACACGGGAGCGUCUCGCUAAGGAGAAGGAGGAUAUAGAGACGAAGUAUGGCAAACUCCAGGCAGAGUUGCAACACAUCAGGCCGAGCCAAACAAAAGCCGAACAAGACAUAAAAGCUCUUCAGUACACCAAGCUCAAACUGGAGAAGGAACGCAAUGAACUCAGUGAGAAAGUGCAAUCAUUUGACAGGAGAGAAAACCUCACCAAGGACGAUAUUCUCGAGUUGAAGCGGGAGAGGGCCGUGUUGAACAACAACAAAAUCAACCUGGAGAAGACCUGCAAGGAGCUCGAGAGGAAGCUCAGCUUCACUUUGAAGGAAGCAGAACAGACGAAGGGAAAAUUGAGCGUGGUUGAGUUUGAGAAAGGGAUAUUACAGAAGGAUGCAGACCGCCUGGAACGGAACCACCACGAAAUGGAACGCAGCUCUUUUAGCACUGAGGAGGAAUCAACCGAUCUCAAGGCCAAACUUACGCGGAUGAUCGCCCUGAAGGAGCGCAUCGAGAAGGAGUUACACGUCCACAAGGAGGCGGCCGACGAACUCCAUCGCAAGACUCACAUUGUAAACAAUUCGUUGAAAGUUCGGGAUGAGGAGUGUAACUCGCUCAAGGAGACGGUGAAAUGUCACGAACGUGAGCAGCAAGCUCUGAUCACAGCCAGGGAUGAGUUCAUGAGGAAAUUGAAUGUGACUAGUACUGAAAUGUCUCAACUAAAGGACCAGGUCAGGGCACUCCAACGAGACAAGUACCAACUCGAAGCUACUCUGAUAGCUACACAGAAACACUUAGAAACUGGGGGUGCCGAAUGCACCGAAUUAAAGGGCAAGAAUGAAAUGCUCUCAGAGGCAAUCGAGAAAGUCACGAAAAAUCUGGACAGCAAAGUCCAGGAGCUUGGAGAAAAGACUAGCGAGCUUGCCAGGCUCAAGGAGAAAGUUGAUGAUCGUCAGAAGACAUAUGACGACCUCCUGUGGCAACACAAGCUCAGGAUGGAGGAUAUUCAAGCCAAGGUCAACGAAGUGGAUGAACUCAAGAACAUGAAUGAGAGACUUCACCAGGAGAAAGAGGAUCUGGAGAAAAUGUUGAUGGAGACCGAGGAUGUUAUCAACACCAGGGACAAAGAUAUCGCUGUCCUCAAGUGUAACAACGACCGCCUGACCGAGGCUGUGGAUAACUCCUCAAAGAAUCUCGAGAUUAAGAUGUCUGAGUAUCAACACAAGGUCGUAGAGUUGGACAACAUGAAGACCCAGUUUGAAAUCAUUGAUAAGGAGAAGAGAGAUCUUGAGCGAAAGAACGAGGUGUUGAGACAUAAGCUCGAGAUGAUGGAGGAGGACCUCAAUGAUGCCAAGGAUAAAUUCAAUAACGAGAUGAGAGGCAGGAAGGAUCUUGACAAGAAUUCACGGCGUAGAAUCGACGAGUUGGAACACAGCAACCAGAGCCUUCAGGAAUCCAAAGAUAAGCUCGCAGGAGAGUUGGAUACAGCACAAAAGAUGCUGGAGCGUCGUCAGUCUGACUUGAGAGAUAGGUCGGAGGAGGGAGAUAAAAUUAGGGCUGAGAAGGCUGCCUUGAAAGCCGAGUUAGACAAGCAAGAGAAGGAGUUGACCAUGUUGACUCAUGCCAAGAAUGACCUGGAGACAUCUAUCCAAAACAUGAAAGUGGAGAAAAAAGGUUUGGAGUGUACUAUCGAGGAUCUUGAAAAAGACUGUCAGGACAAGAAAAGGGAGUUAGAGAGACUUCAGCACACAAAUGAUGAUGUCAAUCAUCAUUUAGAGGAUUUAGAAAAUAAAAUGCACGAGGCAGAGAAGCGUUUGGAUGCACUGCAGUAUGACAAUGACAAGCUGAAGGCGUGCAACAAACAGCUCGAAGAUGCCACCAAUGACCUACAGCACGAAAUCAGGCACAAAAACCGGGAUAUUGAGAGCUUAAAGCUUGCAAAAGAUAAACAGGAGAAGGAGGCAGAUGACUUGAGGAAGACGAUUGCUGACACAGCAAAACAGAUUGACACGUUACAACAUGCUAACGAUCGUUUGACCAUCGCCGUGGACUCCUCCGUCAAGAACAUCGAAAAGGAGAUGCACAUGUCGAAGGAUAAAGGGAGAGAAGUGGAUAGAUUAAGGGAUGAGAAUACGAAACUGCUGACUGAAUGUGAGCGUCUCACGCACGUCUCACAGGACAUGCACAUGCAGAUGCACAGGGAGACGGACCGUCUUCAGAAACAAUGUGAUAAAUUAGAGACUCAAGGAAACGACCUAAGAAAGGAACGCGCCGAAAUCGUCCAACACGUUGGAAAUCUGGAGAAUAAAGUCAGGGAGCUAAAUACAAUGAUACAUGAGGCGCGGAAGGAGUCAGAUGUCCUCAAGGGUUCCAAGGAAUCUCUCUAUCGUGACAAGAAGGACCUUCUGGCAGCGAUGCACGACUUGAUGGAGAAGGCUAACUAUAAAUGUCAUGAAGCUGAUGAGCUCAAGAACAAAUUAGACUCCUCAAGUCAUGAAAACGACCAUUUGAAACACCAGCUACAACACGCCAAUGACAAGCUUGCAGAACUCGCCACCAGCUUAUCGCUCGCAGAAUCUGAACACGUUCGCGACAUGCAGGACGCUCGCGGGAAGGUCGCCAAUAUGGUGGAUAUGAACCGAUACAACGAGACGGCGGUCAGGGGGGCCGAGCUGGAGAGGAAGGUGAAGGAUUUGGAGGCGGCACUGCACUUACGCUCCAACGAGACCAACAAGAUGUUGAUAAAUGCACAAGGUGACUUUGACCGAGCUCUGAUGGACGCCAAGGAGGGCAAACAGGACGCCAACCGAAAGCUUGAGAUGACGAGAGGUUUACUUCAUGAGCACGUAGAAAAGUUAAAGAUUCAGCUUGAGCACAAUACCAAGUCGGACCUGCUAGUCCAAGAUCUGUACAAGGAGAACGCCCAGCUGAUGAAGGCGUUACAAGUCACGGAGGAGAGGCAAAAACAAGCGGAGAGGAAGGUGUACAAGUUGGAGGAAAAAUGUGCCGCAUUACAGAAACUUUUGAAUAAAAUUGUACCAAUGGCGAUGGAGUGACAAUACUAAAAAUGUCCUAAGUGGGUUAAAUUAUUUGUUCGUCCAUGAUCGUGCUCCUCCAUUUUUUGUCCCUCUCAGUUUAGUCGCCUGUUGAUGCUAAACUUCAAUUGUCUAUUAAAGGGUGACGAUGUGCCAGAGCACUGGUAUCCAAUUGGUGUUCUCUAGGUCACUAAAAUGCACCGUUGGGCCUGGUUUGACUUCAUUAUAAAGAGUUUCCUCGUACAGCAGGAAUAGUGCUUGUGUCAUUGCGAUAGGAGAGCCAUCUAUCAAUGAAAUCAUGUACCUUAACCUGGCCCACCUGGCUCUUGCUUAUAGUCAACCUUUGAAUUUCUUGUUUUAGGGGUCGUAGCAGUGUAAUAAUAUGUAUAAUAGCUGUACAUUCUAUUCAUUUAUUCUAACUGUGAUAGGUAGAACUCUUUUCCUUGUCUAAUCAGUUCUGUUUGUUAAUGAUCAUGAGAACUUAUCAGUGCUUUUUCAAGUUUUCUGCCUCAACUUUGAAGUGUAUGAAGUGGGACAGGUUAUGAAGUUAUGUACAAAAUAAGAUAACAAUUAAUGCUGUGUACUUUUAGUAAUAUCAAGAACUGGUAAAGAUUAAUCUUUUUUGAUUCUUGGUAAUUUCAUCUCUUUGUUUGAAAUAAGAUGUGAUUUUUUCUUUUGAGAUUUUACUGCUCUCCUCCAGUAGGCCUCGAGGUGUUUGAUCAUAGGCCAGUUUGAUCUUUUUAAGCAGGAAUAUUUCAAUGUCAAAGUUAAAAAGUUGAGCGGGCAUGGUUGGGGGUGGGCUGAGAGGAUUAUGGGGUGAUCCCCAGAAAAUCAAGUUGAACGUUCGGGCCUUUGAUAUGAAAGGAGCUGCAUUGCCAAACCUGUUGUCAGAAUCAUGUUUUAAAUCUGUAAGAUGAAAGUCUGCUCAAAUCUUCUCCUACCAAUUUCUGCUGACAUUCCAUCCAACUGGUGGUGCUAUAUCGAAUGGGGUUGUUUCGGGUCUUUAUUUUCGAAAUUUCAAAAGAAGGAUAUAUCCUUUCAUUGAAAAAUUAUUUCGGAGAAGGUUUUGUGCAGAAUAUUUUUGCUUUACCAUUCAGUGGAACAGUCUUAAUAAUUGACUUAUAAUGAACCGUUCUUGGCAUUCUUAUGAAAUCAUUUGGUUCUGUUAUUUUGGCUCUAAGGCUGAGAGUCAUAAUUAAACAGUCUUAAUAAUUGACUUACAAUGAAUCCUUUUGGGCAUUGGAAAUUGGCUUAGGCGACAGUGGCGCUGUCUCGCGGCAGAAAAUAGAACUGAAAUAUUCGUCCAAAGCUCUCAGUUCCACGUUCUACCGCUAGACAGCACCACUGUCGCCUAAGGCAUAAUGUUGUUUUGGCAAUAAUGUUUUAGUAGGGUGUCGGCAUGUUUUUAAAAGAACAUUUUAUGGUAUAAAUGUGCAAUAUUCAUAGAUUUCAGAGCAAGGAAAAUUUGAGAGUUAAUUAACCUGAAGUUAAUAUGUCAUAUCAAUGAAGUAAAAUUGGCUGGUUCAGACAUUCCAAUAAUGCUGACUGCUGUAUUGAAUUAUUUUUUCUUCCGAUCAUGUAGAAAAGAUGAGCCACAAUGUAUAGAUUGUGCGCUGUCUGUAGACUUGUCAGGUUAUUUGUAUAUUUUUUAUGAGUAGGAAUAAAGUUAUGCUGUACAGAUAUUUUAA